AUGGACUAUCACGUCCAAGAAACUACGCAACCCGCUCCCGUGCAGGCCGCGAGAUCAUCAGCGGGUUCCAGCUUCUUCGAACCGCUCUGGCGACGCAAUGACGAAAAGGACGGCAAGCGAGGCUUUGAGGGCAAUCAGAAAUCUCACUUUAGCAGCCGCAACAGCUCCGUGACAGACAUCAACAAGGGGGUGAAGCAUGGAGAGACCUUCCAGACGUUUGAUGUGGCGGCUCCAGAGGGCGUCCUCUACAAAGACGGACAGCUCAUCCUACAGCCGGCACCGACUAAGGAUCCGCGGGAUCCCCUCAACCUGCCCAUGUCGCGCAAAGUCCUGGGAUGCUUCUGUCUCUGCUGCUUCGGUGCGCUGGCCGCUGCCGCCGAGCUGAUUCUCGGUGCGAUGUUGCCCGUCUUUGCUCUCGAGUACGCCGGUCUCGACCCGAAGAUCCUCAAGCCCUUGACCGACAGCGGUGGUCUCCCUGCGGGCCUCGACCCCCUGAAGGUGCUUUCGAAUCUGCCGAGCGCGCCGCCAAUCUUUCAAAUCUAUCUCUUGGCUUCGCUUCCUGUUUUGGUGAUUGGACUGUCCAACUUGGUUCUCGUGCCAAUGGCUAUCUCCGUCGGCCGUCGCCCCGUCGUUCUUAGCACCGGUGUUGUUGCAAUCAUUGGAUGCCUCUGGGCGGGCAGCAGCCAGUCGUUGCAGUCACAUCUGUUGGCUCGUUGCGUCCAGGCUGUUGGUGCCGGCACUGUUGAGAGCUUGAUCCCGUUCAUUAUCCAGGAUAUGGUCUUUGUGCACCAGCGCAAUGCCUGGAUCUCCUCCAUCUUUGCCGCUCAGGGUCUCAUCAUCAUCGUUCUUGGAAUCGCGGCGCCGUACAUGAUUAUCGACUUGAGCUGGCGGUGGAUGUACUACAUCACGGCCAUCGGCGCGGCAUUCUUCCUCGUUGGCGUUUACUUCUUUAUGCCUGAGACGAGAUGGCAACGGACACGUGCCGAGAUGAAUGGCAUUCCUCGCAAUGAGAUUGGUCAUGAGCGUGGCCCCAGAACCUUCCGCUACAACAUUGCUCUCUUCCACGGCAAGAUGGACUGGCGCAAGGGCUGGAAUGCUUUCGUCGACACUCUUCGCACGUUCUUCUAUCCGCAAAUCUUCUUCAUCACUAUGCUUAACAGCGUCAUGAUUGCUUGUGCUUUCGCUGCUGGAUACACCGUGGCCCCAGCUCUCUUGACUGCACCCUGGUCAUGGGACUUUAUGAACCUCGGCCUCUGCCUCGUGCCGGUUCUUAUUGCCGCUGUCGCUGUUGCCUUGGUCACUGGAAGUGCCGCCGACUGGAUGGCAAACCGCAUCGCGAAGAAACGCGGCGUCCGCGUCCCCGAAAACCAACUUGUGAACCUCAUCAUCCCGACCCUCGCUGGUAUCAUUGGCUCCAUCAUCUUCGGUCUGGCUGGCUCGAACCAGGCAGAGUAUUCCUACUUCACAUUCCUUACGGGUCUCGGCCUCAUGGCGUUCGGCUUUUUGGGUGCCAACACCAUCGGCGCGGUCUACGUCCUCGAGUGUUACCCCCACCUCGCGGGCCCGGCCCUGGUCAAUAUUGCCUCGUUCAGAGGCUUGCUGGCUUUCGUUCUGUCAUUCAAGAUCUCCGACUGGGUUGUGGACAUGGGUUACUUUAACGCGAUGAUGAUCUACACCGGCUUGAUCAGCGCAUUUGCUGUUUUCGUUCCAGCGGUCUACUUCUAUGGGCCUGCUUGGCGCACGAGGUGGCCUGCCGAGCAUUUCGGUGAUCAUAUUUGA